AUGUUUGAUCGAUCAGAUCAAUCAGAUCAGAUCACCAAUUCAGCCAUUCAAGCAACAUUGAUCGAUCGAUCGAUCAGAUCACUCAGCAAUUCAGUCAUUCAAGCAACAUUGAUCGGUAGAUUGAUCAAAUCAAUCAGAUCACUUACUAAUUCAGCCAUUCAAGCAACAUUGAUCGAUCGAUCGAUCAGAUCAAUCAGAUCACUCAUCAAUUCAGCCAUUCAAGCAACAUUGAUCGAUCGAUCGAUCAGAUCACUCACCAAUUCAGCCAUUCAAGCAACAUUGAUCGAUCGAUCGAUCAGAUCACUCACCAAUUCAGCCAUUCAAGCAACAUUGAUCGAUCGAUCGAUCAGAUCACUCACCAAUUCAGCCAUUCAAGCAACAUUGAUCGAUCGAUCGAUCAGAUCACUCACCAAUUCAACCAUUCAAGCAACAUUGAUCGAUCGAUCGAUCAAUCGAUGCUAUUAUCACUUUGACCAAUCAAUUUUACACUUUUAA